CGGUGCUGGAGCCUGGAGGAGGUGGAGGCCAUGUCUCUGCAGCGGCCACUGAUGUCCAGUCUUAGCUCCCAGCCUUCCUCCCUCUUUGGCCGCCGCAGAGCUCAGGACAGGCCGGGCAGCCAUGUUACCAUCCCUGAGAGCCCUCGUCUGCCUUGGACUGUGUCUUGGGCACUUGAUCACGGCCCACAGCGGCCGACUCCCUAAGCCUUCCCUGCAGGCUCUGCCCAGCAGCCUGGUGCCCCUGGGCGGCUCGGUGACCAUCCUCUGCCAGGGCCCGUGGCCUGUGGAUGAGUACCGCCUGGAGAAUCUGAGGUCCAAGAUGUUUGCAGACCAGGACUCUCUCUCCAUCUCAAUCAUGAGCAGAAGCGAUGCUGGGCGCUACCGCUGCUCCUACCAGAAUGGGAGCCUCUGGUCCCCGCCCAGUACCCAGCUGGAGCUCAUCGCCACUGGAGUUUAUACCAGGCCCUCGCUCUCGGCUCAUCCUGGCCCCUCCGUUUCCCCAGGAGGGAAUGUGACCCUACAGUGUCAGACCAGAUAUGGCUUUGACCAGUUCGCAUUGUCCAAGGAGGGGGACAGAGGAUCCCACGAGGUGCUCAGGAGAUUGUCCCAGCCUGACUUCCUCAUGGCCGCUGUGACAGCUGCCCACAGUGGGGCCUACCGCUGCUACAGCUUCUCCAGCAGAGAACCGUACCUGUGGUCUGCGCCCAGCGAGCCCCUGAUGCUCACUGUCACAGGAGCCUCUGCGAUCCCUGGGCAGCUGCCCAUAGAGCCUCAGUCCUUCCCCCCUGAAGCCUCCAGGAAUCCGGUCAUCUCACCCGCCACAGAAGUUUCCACGACUGCCCGGCUUUCUGGAUUCCCAGGGAAGUCUGCGGACCUCACUUUAUCUUCAGAAGGCUCCAGCCCUCCACUUGGUCCAGCCCACCAGGACUACACCAAGGGGAACCUGAUCCGGAUAUGUCUUGGUGUUACAAUUCUGGCACUCCUGGCAGGGUUCCUGGCAAAGGACUGGCACAGCCGGAAGAAACCCCUGCUGCACAGAGUCAGAGCUGUGCAGAGGCCCCUCCCACUGCUCCCAAAGACCCCAAGAUCCCAUGGCUGCCCGCAUGAGGAGGAGUCAGAUGUGCAGAAACAUAGAUACCACCGUUAGCUCUCGGCAGUCAUCACAGCCCAUGGGUGGGGAGGUGGCGGGAGGAGUGGGGGUGAAGGGCUUCGGGGUCGAGAGGAAGGCAGGGCACCCUGCCCUCCUCUCUCCCAUCAAAGAGUAGUGCCGGCAUCUCCCCAUUGUCUGUCCACUGAGUCUGAGGGAGGCCUGUUUGUGUGAGUUAAAAAUUA